AUGCUGUCACUUAACGAAUCAAUUUGCGCCUCUGACUUCCCCCCACCCCACCCUCCUGCCCUUCGUGCUUUUCUUCUCUUCCGUGGCUCUCUUUCAGAGGAAGACUCGGUCACGGGAGGUAUUGCCCUGCUCGCACCUCCCUCUCUGCCUCCCUCGCUGCUGCUACCAACGGACUGCCUCUCUGUUGAGACUCUGGGGGAAGACUCUCACCUGCUGGAAAAUCUGGGGAUCACGCUGAACGGGGGUAUGGUGAAACCUGCACUUGGUGCGCUGACUGCUGCUGGUGCUGCUGAUGUCGCUGGGGUUGUCACUGGAAAUGACACGGGGAUUCAGAAGAACGAGAUGCUGAACAGGAUCCGGCUUUUGGCGCGAAAGGCUGGGCAGCUGCGAGCGAAGGAGGAGACGCGUGAAGAUCAGAAUCUGCAGGUGUUGGAGGAGCAGAAAGUAUCAAUGGCGGAAGGAGAGAGGACAACGGUCAAUGGAAAGGCGCAGAUUGAGGUGGAAAACCGAUUGGUGGAACACGAGGAGCAAGAGAGAGGAGGAGCUGACGGCGAUCAUCCGCACGGAUUCAAGAUCAUCAAGGAGGAGCUCAAGUUCUCUCGCUUCCUCAAGAUCUACAGCCGCGUCGUGGAGUUCCCCUUCCUCUCCUCCGUCCCACUUCCAUUUCUGACCCACUUCUUUCCACCUGUGUCGCCCCAUCAGCACCCGCCACUGCCUCUCGCGCAGCAAGAGCCACAGCAUGCCGCGGGUACCGGCCCCGUCACGCCCACAUUCGACCAGAUAUCAGCAGCCACUGUAGCUCCUGCUGCUGGUGCAGCUCGUGCAGCUAACGGAUCUGCUUAUGGGGCGUCUGGUGCAAGGGGCCCGAUCGUGGCCGCCUGUGCAGCAGGACCCAGCCUGCAGAGCACCUCUUUUCAGCAGCAGCAGGGUCAGCAGGAGCAAGGAGGGGGGCAGGGGCGCGGGCAGAAGGUGGUGGAGUAUGACAUUGUGUCGUCCGCCAGCAGCCACUUCAUCUGCGUGCUGCCCUUCCACUCCGCCACCCAGUCCGUCACCCUCCUCAAGGAGUACGCCCAGGGCGCCAACAGCCUGCUGUACACGGUGCCGUGUGGGGGCCUCAGCAGCUCGCAUGCGUCGCUGGAGGAUUGCGUCCGGAGUGAACUGUCCGAGGAGGCGCGUCUGCGUAGCGGCCGGCUCGUGAGGCUGAUUCUUGAGGACCACCCGGGGCUGCUGGAGGCGCGUCUGCGUGGCGGCCGGCUUGUCAGGUUGAUCCCUGAGGAUCACCCGGGCCUUCUCGAGGUGAAGUGGUGCAAGAACCGCUUCACACCGUUCCUGGUCAUCGACCCGCUCCCCGACCCCACCCCGCUGCCGCGCGACCCGGAGGAGUUCAUCCAGGUGCUGCACCUGCCGGCCCGCGACCUUGACAGGCUGGCGCUGGGCGGCGACAUGCUGCUGCCGUCUGUUGUGACGUGCACCAUGGCUCUGCAGUACCUGCGGGAACACAAGUUGCUGUGA